AUGGAGCCUGAUCCCGAUCCCGGGCCCGAGGACGGGGCGGCCUCCCCGGAGGCCCUGCGCUUCCAUGGCGACGAGGAGAUCAUCGAGGUGGUGGAGCUGGGUCCCGGCCCGCCCGACCCCGAUGACCUGGCUCAGGAGAUGGACGGAGUGGACUUCGAGGAAGAAGAGGAGCUAGAGGGGGAGGGGGCGGACGAGGUGUGGGGGGACGAGGUGGACGAGGGUGUGGACGGCGGCAUGGAGAGCUCCGACGACAGUGAGGUCACCUUUGCCCAUCACUCAGCCUCCGUGUUUUGUGUGAGCCUGGACCCUAAGACCAACACUCUGGCAGACGGGGGCGAGGACGACAAAGCCUUCGUGUGGCGGCUCAGCGAUGGGGAGCUGCUCCUGGAGUGUCCCGGCCACAAGGACUCUGUAACCUGUGCGGGUUUCAGCCACGACUCUGCCCUGGUAGCCACUGGGGACAUGAGCGGCCUACUUAAAGUGUGGCAGGUGGACACCAAGGAAGAGGUUUGGUCCUUUGAAGCGGGGGACCUGGAGUGGAUGGAGUGGCACCCUCAGGCACCCGUCCUCCUGGCAGGCACAGCUGAUGGUAACACCUGGAUGUGGAAGGUCCCUAGUGGUGACUGCAAGACCUUCCAAGGGCCCAAUUGUCCAGCCACCUGUGGCCGAGUCCUCCCUGACGGGAGGAAAGCCGUGGUUGGUUAUGAAGAUGGCACUGUCCGGAUCUGGGACUUGAAGCAGGGAAGCCCCAUCCAUGUGCUCAAAGGAACUGAAGGUCACCAGGGCCCGCUGACAUGUGUGGCCACCAACCUUGAUGGGAGCCUAAUUCUCACCGGUUCUGUGGACUGUCAGGCUAAGCUGGUCAAUGCAGCCACUGGCAAGGUGGUAGGUAUCUUCAGACCAGACACCGUGGGUCCACAGCCUAACCCUGGGGAGGAUGAAGAAAGUGAAUCCAAUUCGGUGGAAUCCUUGGGCUUUUGCAAUGUGAUGCCACUGGCUGCUGUUGGCUACCUUGAUGGGACCUUGGCCAUUUAUGACCUGUCUACACAGAGCUUGAGACAACGGUGCCAGCACCACCUGCCCUCAGCCCUGGGCUCCACAGGCCCACUGACCCCUGGUGCCACCCCGGGUUAUGCCCCGGCCCCGUUCCUGCAUAUCCUGCCUGCCCACCAGCAGCCCCAUUCCCAGAUGCUACAUCACCACCUCCAGCAGGAUGGGCAGGGUGGCGCUGGCCAGCGUAGCCAACCCAGUACCCUGCAGCCAAAGUCUCAGGCCACCAAACCCACCUAUGGCAGUUCUCCAUACUGGACAAACUGA